UCUUACCCAUCCACCGCGGCUCCCUUCGUCUCGUCGUUGAGCUUGAUAUCAGUUACCGGUUAUGGCCACCAAAGCCCCAUCGACGAACGUUGCGUCCAAAGACUGUCCGAAAUGUAAAUCGCGUCGAAUUCAAUGUGAUAGAACCUUACCCAGUUGCCGAAAGUGCUUGCGGCGAAACUAUGAAUGUCCCGGUUAUGGAUUAAUUCUCCGAUGGAAACCAGGUGUCACCAGUAGAGGGAGACCGGCAGGAAGAGAGGGACUUGUUGACGGCGACCCCAGAAGACCAUUCCAUGGACCAACUGAUCGGACCUUACAUGAGGUUAUGUCUCUGACAGCGGUAGACCGUGGACUCAACUCCCCACUUGAUAGCCUCUCUUGUCAAUUGUUGCACCACUUCAACCAAAACAUUGCGACGAAGCUCGCUUGGGUCGACGGCCCAGAAAACCCAUGGCGACAGAUUAUACUCCCCCUCUCACAUGCCUCGCCGAUCGUUCGCUACUCCUUGCUGGCCAUGUCAUCGGAAGAUCUCACACAUAAAUAUACUAUCGACCGGCCUUAUUUCCAUCAACUGAAAGCUCAGUCGCUAUUUUACCGGGACAAAGUCUUGUCCCUUUUACCACAACAUCUAGAACGUCUCUUGAGAGCCCCCAUUUCGUUUGAUUGUGCCAACCAGGCCCGGUUCGUUCUCGCAACGGUUCUCCUUCUCUACAAUCUAGAACUACUGUCGGCAAAGGCGACGCAAUGGCGACUACACAUCCAAGGUGCUCGGGCGAUCAUACAAUGGAAGCUUCAGGCUAUUGGACUCCACCGACCUCCUGACGUCGCGGAUAAUUUCCUUCGUUACGAAUACUACUUCACCGCUGUCUUCAACGGCUUGACUACGUUUGAUGCAACCUACGAUGUCAUUGACGAUAUCCCAAUCAACGACAAAAUCGCCGUCUUUGGUGACUUUGUCCGGAUCAUGCACUGCGUGACCCGAGCCGAGCGAAUCAACUCCAGUGGCAGUUCCAAUACCGAAACGAUCCGGGUAGAAGAUGUCGUGGGCGAAAUAGGAACGGCGAGAGACCGAGCGCUCCAACUCAAUCAGAUCAUGCGGUUCCAUUAUCCCGACGCGCGGCAUGAUUUCGAACACCUAACGCACAUGUAUUACCAUGCAAGCUUGAUCUACAGUCACCGCGUGCUCUCCGAUCCCGCUGCGUCCAAGGACCUCAUUCGGGCUUCUCGAGAUGCUAUUCUCGAUCACUUAUCGCAUCUCAAGGACUUGGCAUAUUUCGCCCACGACCUGGUGUGGCCACUCUUUGUGUGUGGGACAGAGUGCCGGGGGUUCUCGGAGAAGCAGGAUACCAUCGAACGGGCACUUUUGGGGGUGAUUCGACUCAGCGGUAGUCUUGAUCGACGGCGAGUCUUGUCAUUCUUGAGGAUGUUUUGGCAGCUGGACUGCGAAGAUGGUGAGGUGAGUUGGAUUGAGGUGGCGAGAGGUCGACCGGCAGACUGUAAUUUUAUGAUUAUAUGAAAUGAAGUAUGUUCAUUGUUAGGUAA